UCUUUUAUAAAUUAGUUCUUUCCUAUGGAAUUAUUUUGGGAAUUCUAAAUGGCUACUGCUUAAAGACACAGCGGCUUCUGAAUUCUACAUUUUUUCUUAUGGGCUGGUGACAUUCCUCAAGGGACAAAACGACCGGAACUCCCGUUUCCUAAAUGCUGGUAAGGAAAGGGUGUGAAAACAGCCGCAGUAAUUGCUGGCUCCUGGCUCUGUUCCCUGGAAAGCUGAUUCCCACGCUGGCAGGCCUCCCCCGCGCAGCCCAGCUUUGCGUAGGGUCACGUAACCUGUGUCCUGCGCCCUGAUUGGUUGCGUUGGGACUCCGGGGACAUACGUCUGCGAGCUCACGUCUGGCGGGGGGGGGGGGGGGGGGGGGGGGAGGGCCCUCUCAGGUCUCCUGCUUCGUGAUUGGCUGUGGAUAGAGGGGCUGGUGGCCUGGGUGGCACUCCUGAGGGAAAUUCGCCGGCUUCUUGGGACCCUGGUCUCGGGACCUUGAUCCUGUUCCCAGGCCUGGGGAAGACGGCCCACCAAGGGAAACCUUCGCGGGGUGGGGGGGAGGGAGGAAGGACGGAGCCAGAGACCCGGGACCGACUGUGUCUUCAACGGAGCGGACAGUUUCAGUUAACAAAUACUGAUUUUGUUCCCCUGUGGACCAAGUUCUUUGCUGGGUGCGAGAGACAGAGCAGAACGGCACACAGACCUUGCCCUCCCAGUGCUUGCGGAGAGUCUGUGGCUCUCUCCAGGUUCUCCAGUGCUGUUUGUGAUCCCAAGUGCCACUGAAAAGUUUAUUGCAGGGACAUGACAAGAUCACAUUUUGAGAAGUUGGAGAGAAGCUCAAGUGAUUAACUGAAGCCCUGGAUGAAAACAGGAUCUCUAAGGAGAAUCUGUAAGGUGCAAUAAAUACCUUCUGAGUCCCAGGACGGUGGCAAUUAGCCAAUGGUUGCAGGCAUGUUGUGGAAGUUGCUGAUAAGAUCCCAGCCCUGCAGGCUGUGUUCUUUCAGAAAGAUGCUAUCGGCUCCAAAAUACAGACCCUUUCUAGCGUGCUUCACCUAUACAAAUGAUCAUCAGUCAAACAAAGAAAAUAAAAGAACAGUGGAAAAGCUCUAUAAAUUUUCAGUCGACAUCAGGAAAAUUCGCAGACUAAAAGGAUGGGUACUUUUUGAGGAUGAAACCUAUGUUGAAGAAAUCGCAAAUGUUUUACAACAACUAGGUGCUAACGAAACCGCUGUAGCCAGUAUUUUGGAACGCUGCCCAGAAGCAAUUGUCUGCAGUCCAACGGCUGUUAACACCCAGAGAGAACUCUGGCAGUUGGUCUGCAAAAACGAGCAAGAGUUAGUCAAGUUAAUAGAACAGUUUCCAGAAUCUUUCUUUACUGUUACAGACCAGGAAACUCAGAAGCUGAACAUUCAGUUCUUUCAAGAGUUGGGACUCAAAAAUGUGGUCAUUAGCAGGUUUUUGACAACUGCAUCUAAUAUUUUUCAUAAUCCUAUUGAGAAAAAUAAGCAAAUGAUAAGUAUUCUCCAAGAGAGUUACCUAAAUUUAGGUGGCUCCGAGGCCAACGUGAAAGUUUGGUUACUGAAAUUAUUAAGCCAAAACCCAUUUAUUUUGCUGAAUUCUUCUGCAGCUAUAAAGGAAACACUAGAAUUUCUCCAGGAGCAAGGUUUCACAAACUUUGAUAUUCUCCAGCUUCUCUCCAAACUCAAAGGAUUUCUUUUUCACCUUUGCCCCAGAAGUAUACAGAACAGCAUUUCCUUCUCUAAAAGUGUUUUUAAAUGCACAGAUCAUGACCUGAAGCAAUUAGUUUUGAAAUGUCCUGCCAUUUUAUAUUAUUCUGUUCCAGUUUUGGAAGAGAGAAUUCAGGGAUUAUUGAAAGAAGGAACUUCCAUAGCUCAGAUAAAAGAGACGCCAAUGGUUCUUGAAUUAACACCGCAGAUAGUACAGUACAGGAUAAAGAAACUGAAUUCCCUAGGCUACAGAAUAAAGGAUGGACAUCUGGUAAAUCUAAGUGGAACAAAAAGAGAAUUUGAGGCUAACUUCGGCAAAAUUCAGGCCAAAAAAGGAAGGCCAUUGUUUAACCCUGUGGCACCAUUAAACAUUGAAGAGUAACUUGCAGACUGCGGCUGCUUUCUAGUAUUGCAGAGUGAAGCUGAGUAGCAAGGACUGGAGUCAGUUUGUAGGCACUAGUAAUUUUAAGAAACUGCUUAGCUUCUGAGUUGUCUUAAGUUACAUCUGAGUAGAUAAUCUCUGACUCAUUUGCUAUAUCUUAAGAUAUAAACUGCAUUUAUUUUAAAUAAAGUUGGUAAUUUUGACUUUGA